AUGAGUUUGGAAACCACUCUUACUCUUCAGCUCCCGGUCAUUGACUUCACGAGUCAAGACCUAAAACCGGGAACAUCUGAGUGGGAUUUGGUGAGAGGCAAUGUUCGAAGAGCUCUAGAAGAUUUUGGAUGCUUUGAGGCCUUGUUCGAUAAACUCCCUGUCAAACUUCGAAAGGCGGUUUUUGAUGUUUCCGAAGAGCUUUUCCGACUACCUAUAGAGACAAAAGAGAGAGUUGUUUCAGAGAUUAAGUACAAAGGAUAUGUGGGUCAUAGCCCAACAAAUCCUCUUUACGAGGGUGUGGGCAUUGAAUUUGCAGACAAUUCAGAGAAAGUCACUGCCUUUACGCAGAAGCUUUGGCCUAAAGGAAACAGCAGUUUCAGUGAGACGGUUCUAUCAUUCACCGAGCAGGUAUCGGAACUGGACUUCAUUACCCGGAGAAUGAUAAUGGAAACUUUCGGGCUCGAUGACAAGUACAUACACGAACAUCUGAAUUCGACAAAAUGCCAAAACAGUGUAGCAGACGGAAUCGAAGUGAAAACAAAAGACGAUAAGCAUUGGAUCAAAGCCAAUGCUUCCCAAGAUUCUUCAUUCAUAGUUCUUGCCGGAUCUAUGCUACAUGUACUACUGAACGGUCGGGUGUUAUCUUCGGUUCACCGUGUGAUGAGGAUGGGAACAAACACAAGGUACUCGGCUGGACUUUUCUCUGUUCCGAAAACAGAGGAAUUGAUAUAUGCACCAGAGAAGGUGGUUGACGUCGAGCAUCCUCGUCUCUUUAAGCCCUUAGAUUUUGAAGCAUACUUUCAAUUCACCACUGAGGAAUCUGGAAGGAGAGAUUCAAAGGCUCUCAGGACUUAUUGUGGUCUCUGA